GUAUCCGACCUCAGGCACUAAAGCUUCGCCCAAAACUCAAUGUCAAAAAUGCCUCGAAUAUGGUCAUUGGACCUAUGAAUGCAAGAAUGAACGAGUGUACAAAUCUCGUCCGACCAGAACUCAGCAGCUUACAAAACCACUAAAACCAAUAUCUGUUGAACUUCCAGACGAAUUGGGAAUAAAAAAGGAGGUGCCAGAAAAAUUGGAAAAACCAGUUGACAUUAAAGAAAGUAAAAGAAAAAGACGUCGAAAAACAGGAAGUUCUUCGACAGAUUCAAGUCUUAAUUCAGGCUCAGAUAGUGAUAGUGGAUCAAAUUCGAGUUCUUCCGAAUCAUCAGAUUCUGCACGAAGUGUUAGUUCAGAUUCGUCUUACAACAGGAAAAGAAAACGCAGGGGGCGUUGA